GGAGGGGACGGACGGAGGCCCGCGCUGCCCAAGAGCACCAGGGGCGGGGCGGGGCCGGCGGCAGGCUGCGGGCGCGGCCGGACGGGAGUUCCCCGGAGAAGGAGCCUGCAGCCCGAGUCCCGUCCUCAGGCUUCCCCAAUCCAGGGGACUCGGCGCUGGGACGCUGCUAUGGACGACAUUUUCACUCAGUGCCGGGAGGGCAACGCAGUCGCCGUUCGCCUGUGGCUGGACAACACGGAGAACGAUCUCAACCAGGGGGACGAUCAUGGCUUCUCCCCCUUGCACUGGGCCUGCCGAGAGGGCCGCUCUGCUGUGGUUGAGAUGUUGAUCAUGCGGGGGGCACGGAUCAAUGUAAUGAACCGUGGGGAUGACACCCCCCUGCAUCUGGCAGCCAGUCAUGGACACCGUGAUAUUGUACAGAAGCUAUUGCAGUACAAGGCAGACAUCAAUGCAGUGAAUGAACAUGGGAAUGUGCCCCUGCACUAUGCCUGUUUUUGGGGACAAGACCAAGUGGCAGAGGACCUGGUGGCAAAUGGGGCCCUUGUCAGCAUCUGUAACAAGUAUGGAGAGAUGCCUGUGGACAAAGCCAAGGCACCCCUGAGAGAGCUUCUCCGAGGUCCAUCUCCCCACCCCCUAGCUUGUGUCUUGUCCCUUCCCACCUGUCUUCCCCCUCUGUACCACAGCUCACGUUGGUUUUCUUCCCUAGAGCGGGCAGAGAAGAUGGGCCAGAAUCUCAACCGUAUUCCAUACAAGGACACAUUCUGGAAGGGGACCACCCGCACUCGGCCCCGAAAUGGAACCCUGAACAAACACUCUGGCAUUGACUUCAAACAGCUUAACUUCCUGACGAAGCUCAACGAGAAUCACUCUGGAGAGCUCUGGAAGGGUCGCUGGCAGGGCAAUGACAUUGUCGUGAAGGUGCUGAAGGUUCGAGACUGGAGUACAAGGAAGAGCAGGGACUUUAAUGAAGAGUGUCCUCGGCUCAGGAUUUUCUCGCAUCCAAAUGUGCUCCCAGUGCUAGGUGCCUGUCAGUCUCCACCUGCUCCUCAUCCUACUCUCAUCACACACUGGAUGCCAUAUGGAUCCCUCUACAAUGUACUACAUGAAGGCACCAAUUUCGUCGUAGACCAGAGCCAGGCUGUGAAGUUUGCUUUGGACAUGGCGAGGGGCAUGGCCUUCUUACACACACUAGAGCCCCUCAUCCCACGACAUGCGCUCAAUAGCCGUAGUGUAAUGAUUGAUGAGGACAUGACUGCCCGAAUUAGCAUGGCUGAUGUCAAGUUCUCUUUCCAAUGUCCUGGUCGCAUGUAUGCACCUGCCUGGGUAGCCCCUGAAGCUCUGCAGAAGAAGCCUGAAGACACAAACAGACGCUCAGCAGACAUGUGGAGUUUUGCAGUGCUUCUGUGGGAACUGGUGACACGGGAGGUACCCUUUGCUGAUCUUUCCAAUAUGGAGAUUGGAAUGAAGGUGGCAUUGGAAGGCCUUCGGCCUACCAUCCCACCAGGUAUUUCCCCUCAUGUGUGUAAGCUCAUGAAGAUCUGCAUGAAUGAAGACCCUGCAAAGCGACCCAAAUUUGACAUGAUUGUGCCUAUCCUGGAGAAGAUGCAGGACAAGUAGGACUGGAAGGUCCUUGCCUGAACUCCAGAAGUGUCAGGACAUGGUUGGGGGAAUGCACCUCCCCAAAGCAGCAGGCCUCUGGUUGCCUCCCCUGCCUCCAGUCAUGGUACUACCCCAGCCAUGGGGUCCAUCCCCUUCCCCCAUCCCUACCACUGUGGCCCCAAAAGGGGCGGGCUCAGAGCUUUGUCACUUGCCACAUGGUGUCUCCCAACAUGGGAGGGAUCAGCCCUGCCUGUCACAAUAAAGUUUAUUAUGAAAACAG